CUUAAAUGUUUCUAAUCAGAGUUGAGCUGGGGGACCGAAGGCAAAAGCAAAAGAUUUUGCAUCGCGUGGAUUUUACAGCAAUUCUGCACUACUACUGUAGCAGUUAAAUCAGUAGGCUGCUGAUGGAACAUGUGAGGAAACAUCUUGUCCCUUUCAUAUGCAUCAGGCGGGGGCAUAACAGGAAAGGUCCCCCGGGUGGAUCCUUUCUUCCUUCGGGAUGAGACGGUCGAUGCAAAGGAUGGAUGAGUUGUCAAUCGUCCACGCCACAUUCUAUCUUGACCACAACACGCAGCGAAAGCAGUAGCACCUUACCCUAUCAUGUCUUUGGCGUCGGUUUACGAUGAUACCGCAUCCCUCUGGUCUUCUUCUGCCACUCCUUCUCCCACCCAGAUCUAUGUUCAGAGUAGGAGCAUUAACGACAGCAACAGUGGCAACUUCAGCUCCAUGAGUUCGCAAUCUACAACCGCCACCCGGAAGCGGCGCAAGAAUAAGAAGCUUCCACUUGCAAAGAUCUUCAACUCAAAAUCUCUUUUUUCCAACACCACUUCUCAAGCCCUCUUUUCCACUGCCGGCCAAUCCCUCAUCAAUGAGCGCAAUAACCUAAGGGCUCUUGAGAAGCAGCGCAAAGACUUGCUCACUUCACUCGCGGGCGUUUAUGGAAUGGAUUACCGUUCCAUUAAAUCCAGUUUCAUGAGCGAACGCCAAGCCACUGCCGAAGCAAAUGGGCAAGGGGAUAUGAGAAAGAGAUGGGAUAAUAAAGUAGCUAAUCGGGAUUUGAUUAGGGAGUGGGCGGAUAGUACAGAGGAGAGUAGAAAUGGGUGGGGGGAGGAAGUAUGGGAUGGGAUGAGAAUUAGGAUGAAAGAGGAGACAGAGAAGACGAGUAGGGCGAGUUUGGUGGUGAGGAAUGAUGUGGAGGAGUUGGAGAGUCGUUUGAAGGGAAUGAGGUCUAUGAUGGAGGCUGGGAUGAGUACUGGAAAUAUAUUAGGAACGGUGACUAGCGGCAAUUCUGCCUGUAGACUGUCGACAACAGAGGGGCAUUUGGAACAACCGACACUCUCUCCGAUUACUUCCACGCGUCGUUUUAACUCGAAUGGAUCCGUUCUCGACGGUUUUUCCUCUGACACUCUUUCAGGGCUUUGAACGAACGGCCCUCGCUCAUCAUGAUUUCAGUUUAUCGAAUCGGGAAGUUGUCGGCAGGUAACAGCGUUAGCUGGGCAUAGGUUUUCAGAUGCAUGGUGUUUUUUGUUCUAUCGCUGCUAUUCCUCAUGGUGUGGGAUGUUUACCCGACCUCUCGAUUUGUC